AUGAAACCACAGUGUGUUGCAUGUUUGAAAGUACUCACUGCAGAAUCUUUCAAAAAGAGUCAGUUAAAGAAGCACUUGGAUAAUUUACAUUCACAUCUAUCUUCCAAGCCACAGGAAUAUUUUGUAAAUUUUGAAAAGCCUGCCAAAAGACAAAGACUGGACAGCAACUUGAGAGGCACAUUUGAUCAAUGUUCAGCAGCAAUGUCUAGCUUUGAAGUUGCCUGGUUGAUUGCUCGAAACAAGAAACCACAUGCAAUUGGUCAGGAAUUAAUUAAACCAGCAGCUUUGAAAAUGGCAGAAAACAUGUGUGGUCAGAAAGAGGCCGUGAAACUGAAUUCAGUGCCCUUGUCUGCAAAAGUAGUAAAAGAAGGAAUUUCUAUUUUAGCAAAACAUGUGAGGGAACAAGCUAUUUCUUCAAUAAAAGAGAGUAAAUAUUUUGCUAUUCAGCUUGAUGAAACUACAGAUGUCAGUAACAAUGCACAGCUAAUGGUAUAUAUUUGCUACAAAGGUACACAUGCAAUUGAAGAGGAAUUGUUGUUUUGUUCCCCUCUCGAAUUGCAAUCAUGUGGUAUUGAUGUCUUUAAUAAGGUGAAUGAAUAUUUUAAUACUCCAAGCAUUAAUUUGAAGUGGAAAGACUGCAUUGCAGUGACUGUUGAUGGAGUUCCAGCUAUGUUGGUUAAUCUUAAUGAUUUUUCAGCGUUGACGAAAAGUAAUAAUCCAGAAAUUGAAAUUACUCACUGUAUGAUCCAUCACCAAGCACUUCUUGUUAAGCAUUUGGAACCUGUACUGGAAAAUUUCAUGCAUGACGUUAUUAAGGUCGUUAAUUUUGUCAAACAACAUGCACUUAACAUGCGCCUAUUUCGAGAAUUAUGUGAAGAUGGUGAGGCUGAAUAUACAGACCUACUCUACCACACAGGAGUAAGAUGGCUUUCUCGUGGGAAUGUUUUGCAUCAAGUGUGGGCUUUGAAAACUGACCUUGAAAUUUUCCUCACUGAUCAAAAGCAUAUUCUUGCAGACAAGUUCACAAACACCUCGUGGGCUGCACACCUUGCAUAUUUAACAGACGUUUUUGAGCAUGUGAAUGCACUGAACAAAGAAUUGCAGAGAAAAAAUAUCAACAUCAUUUCAGUCAGAGAAAAGAUAUCAGCGUUUGGAUCAAAGCUUCUAUAUUGGAGACUGAAAAUACAAGGGAACAAGAUAACUGCAUUUCCAAAGUUAGCUUUGUUUUUGGAAGAUUCUGAAAAUAUUACUUUUGAUGACAUCAAAGAUAUAGUUAUAAGACAUCUUACAAAACUCAGAGAGGAGUUCUCAAAUUAUUUUCCUGAUUUUGAUUUAAGUACUAUCAGCUGGGUUGUUGAUCCCUUUAAAUGUGAAAUAGCUGAAAUACCAGAAGAAUCUCAAGGAUUGGCAGAGGCCAUUCUUGAACUUUGA